AGCCGGCCGCGCGGUUUCUGAACGAACAUUCGCAAUUCAAAUAAUUUACUUUUAAUUUCGUGUUCUUUUUAUUAAAAAAAUAACAAAGCGUUUUCUUUUCAAUUUCAAACGAAGAAGAUUUUGUUAUUCCUUUAUUUUUAAUGUGCGGUUUGUGUUGUGUUUUCUAAGUGGCCAGUAUUGUGACAUUUGGAAAGUUAUUUAGAUACAGAUUGAUUUCAGAUGGACAAACCAAAAUGUACCACAGGGAGAGGCGAAAAAUGACGUUUCUCCUAUUCAACUGCCUACUGAUAUCAGCAGCUCUAUCAAAAUCGAUAGAACCGGCUGAAAAAUCCACCUUAGACCCCGUCGGGGACAAUUUCGAAAACAAUAUCAUAGAUUUCGAUGAAGAUUUUUCAGUUAAAUUCAAUAAGAAAUAUGGAGCUGUGCCUUGGGAGUCAAGUGAGAAAUUUAACAAGGAAAUUAAUAGAUAUACUGUAAUUAAAGAUAAUAAUAAAGAGAAACCUAGUAUAAGUGCACAAAAUGACACAGAUGUGAAUCCUUCAAGUACAGAACAGAGUACAACAGAUGAAUAUAGUGUUAUUCCGUUAGAACUUGUUAGUACAACACAGGAUACGUUACAAAGUAUAAUUGACAGUACAACUGAACCUGAUUUGACAGUUAUUCCAUUGUCUACAACAGCGAAAUCUGUACCAGAAAUAGAAAUCGAACCCACAGUAGCAUUACCUACUUCCACUGAAACUGUUGAAACUACAACAGAACUAACACUCAAUGAUAAAGUUCUCGAAGAAAGCAAUGAUAGUGAGACUACGACGAUCAAAAGAGAAGUAACUUCAAAUAUGAAUGAUCACACAGAUGUAACAACUGAUGCAUUUAACAUUACAACUACCGACAAAGCAGAAACCGUGCCAAACACAACAGAAUACGAAACAACAACAACAAUUAUAACAACAGAAAUUAAUAAACAGUUACAAGACACGACAGAAAUCAUCACAACUACAACGGAAAGUUCCCGGAAUCAAACAAACGUAACUAAACAAUUAAAACUAAAUAAUACUAAAGAGGAACAAGUCAAAACAACAAAUUCAACAGCUGUUAUAACAAAUGACCCGAAAGCAAACAACACUAAAACACAAGAGGUCUUAAACACAAACUCAAGUAGAGUAAUAGAAUCGUUCCACCCAGAUAGCUCAGAGUCUCGUGAAGAUCUUCCAAGUUUCUCAGAACUUGACGCAUCAGAUGAAACCGAAGUUCCUGAAGACUACUAUGAUAGUAAAGAUGUUCUACCAACAACUGCUCCUAAGACUGAUGCUCUGUCAGUUAUAUUUGGUCUAGCUGGAAGUGUGGUUGAGAGUGUAGUAGAAAGUGUCGCGGAGAGAGUUGUACCGAAGAGUAUAUUCGAUUUGUUCAAGAGAAUGCAGAAGCAGAAUGAAGCAUUAGAAGCUGAAAGGUUGAGAAGUCGAGAAGAAAAUGGCGGUUUAGGGCAAUUCGGCCGAGGGAUCCUCAAGUCCAUCUCCUCAGGACUCAGCAAGCCCCUGAGUCAGUUGAUGCAAGGAGUAAGAGACAUCGGGUCUCUGGACACCGACAGAGGGUUCGUGGGCAACGUGGCUUCAGGAGUCACCAGUGUAGCCAACGUCGCUAACUCUGUCGUCGAUGCAUUUAAGGAUAGAGUGCAGGCUAUUUACCCAGGCACAGUGUGGUGCGGCGAUGGCCACUCGGCAACGGCUCGCUCCAGCGAUUUGGGCCUCUUCUUCUUCACAGACACCUGCUGCCGGCAGCAUGAUGCCUGCAAGAUUUACAUCAAGUCUGGGGAGACCAAGUACGGGCUUACCAACACUGGACUGUUCACAAGAUCGCAUUGCAGCUGCGACACCAAGUUUCGCGAGUGUCUCCGGAAGACCAACUCGCUGGUCUCAGCCCAGAUAGGGCUGACCUACUUCAACGUACUAGGACCUCAGUGCUUCAGGAAGGCCCAUCCCAUCGUCAAGUGUGCUAAGAGGACCAGGAUAACAGGACAGAAGUGUGAGGAAUACGAGCUGGACUUCACCAAGCCGAAGAUGUGGCAAUGGUUUGACAACGAGACCUUCUGAGCUGCUGCAGUCACUAUUGGAAAUCCGCCUUUUUGAUAUACAUUUUAUGUACACAAGUUAUUAGGUUCAUAAUGGCCCCGAUUCCUGCAGACACCUAAUUUUAUUUUAAGUUGUAUCUGUCAUUUUCUUAUCCACCGAAAAGGAAAGAGACGGACGAUUGACAGCUCUUAAUUUUAGGAAGAAUGAGUAAAUGAAUGAGUAACCUUGGCGAAACAAAAAGGUAUCUCGCUGGUAUGCAAACCGUUUGACGUGGGUUGUCAACUUAAUUCUGUCGGGUAAUGCACGCAUCCACAGCACGCAUCCAUAGACGCAGUUGUUUUAGAUUUGUGCUUAAAAUUGACGUGUGUUCCAUAAAUUUUAUGCUUGUCGAUUACCCGUCCCUUUCCUUUUCGGCGGAUAAGAAAAUGACAGUUACAACUUAAAAUAAAAUUAAAUUGUAUUUACAGGAAUUAGCACCGAUAUCCAUCUUAGGACUUCGUAUCAACAGUGGCUGCCAGUUAUCUUUGAUUAUUUGUAGCUCUGCUCACCCUAUUAAAGAUUACUGGCAUGAAUGUAUUUAUGUAUGUCCAGUACAAAGAUCGGAAACGUAUAGUUUAUGAUCUCGCAAUCGAAUGAUGGCUAUCAUAGUGAUGAAUUAAUAUCUAAUUUCCGAAUGUAAAGAAAAAUGUUGAUGGAGUAACUUUUAUAUUAUGUAUUACGUAAAACAGAAGGUCCCUCGCCAUACUAGAAAUUUGCUACUAAAAUGCGCGCAAAUCGAAUUACCGGUGUCGCCACGCAUUUGUUUUAACUGUCAAAACGUUCGUAAUAAUACGACCCACUGUCACUAGAUGGCUCUUAUUACCAUAUGUAAGCUUAUACGGUUAGCGACAUCUAGUUACUCUAUGGCGAAAUAGAGUAAUAAUAUACUGCAGUACAGUCCCUACCUAUAAUAAAAAAAAUGUGAGCAUAGGUACUAUGUGUAGAAUGUUUGGAGGGAAUCAGACAUCAUAAAUACUUUUCACUUUUUCAACUGUUUGAAUAUUCGUUACUUGUCAAACAAUAAUUUAUUAGAUGUAGGUAGGUAGGUGCACAUUCUUCAUUCCGUAAUCAAUUUCUAUUUUUUUAUAAUAUAUGCCUACGUAUCUUGAGUUACCAAUUUUAUAUUUUUAUAAUAUAAGUCUAAUAAUAAUUAUUUCAUA